AUGGCGGAGGCGCCAGAGGGGCCCGGGCGGCGUGGGAAGAGGACGGGAACCGACUCCGGGGCAGAGGAGCCGGCGGAGGCGGAGCGGGCCGGGCGGCGGCGGCGGAGCUUCCAGCCGGCGGCGGAGACCCGGGGAACCACCGUCCUGCACGACACCAUCAAUGACCGCCCGCAGCCCCUGCCAGCGAGGUACUUCGACACAAAGACGACAGAGCCCAUCAGCUUCUUCUUGUCUGGCCUGGAAGAGCUGCUGGCCUGGCAGCCCAACAGCAACGACGACUUCAACAUCUCGGCCGUGCCGCUGGCCAAGCGCCAGCCCCCACUCCACAGCAGGAGGCCCCGGACGCUGGUGUGCCACGACAUGCGUGGCGGGUACCUGGAGGACAGGUUUAUCCAGGGCUCAGCCACACGCAACCCCUACGUCUUCUACCAUUGGCGCUACAUCGACAUCUUUGUCUACUUCAGUCACCACACUGUCACCAUCCCGCCCGUGGUCUGGACCAACGCAGCGCACCGGAACGGCGUCCCCGUGCUGGGCACGUUCAUCACGGAGUGGACGGACGGGGAGAAGAUGUGUGAGGCGUUCCUGGCUGGCGGGGAGGAGGCGUUCGGCGCCGUGGCCGAGCAGCUGGCCCGCAUCGCCCAGCACUACCGCUUCGAUGGCUGGCUGGUCAACAUCGAGAACACGCUGAGCGCAGCAGCAGUGGGGAACCUGCCCCCCUUCCUGCGGGACCUGACGACACGGGUGCACAGUGCUGUGCCAGGGGGGCUGGUGAUCUGGUACGACAGUGUCCUGCAGGAUGGCACGCUGAGGUGGCAGAAUGAGCUGAAUGAGGACAAUAGGGUGUUCUUCGAUGCCUGUGAUGGGCUGUUCACCAACUACAACUGGAAGGAGAAGCAGCUGGAGCACACACUCAGGCUGGCCGGGCCACGCCAGGCCGACGUUUAUGUUGGUGUUGAUGUCUUUGCCCGUGGGGAUGUAAUCGGUGGUGGCUUCGACACUGACAAGUCCCUGCGCCUGAUCCGCCAGCACAGCCUCUCCGCAGCCAUCUUCGCUCCCGGCUGGGUCUACGAGCACCUGGGGGAGGAAAACUUCCUGCAGAACGAGAAUAGGUUCUGGGGCUUGCUGUCUGAGUACUUGCCCACACACAGCAUCUGCACGCUGCCCCUCGCCACCUCCUUCAACCUGGGCAUGGGCACCAGCAGGUUCCUGGAUGGGAAGGACGAAGAGUCUGGGCCCUGGUAUGACCUGAGCAUGCAGGAGAUCCAGCCCCUGUACCCAGAACACCAGGGCAGGCUGAGCACCAGCUGCUGCCUGCAGGACGCCUGGUGUGGGGGCAGCUCCCUGAGGCUGCAGGGGACCAUUCCCCCCGGCGAGGAGCGCAUGGCUGUCCGCCUCUUCUCUUUGCAGAUGCCGGCACCCCCCAAGCUCUUCUUGACCCUGCUCUACAAGCUGGAGGGACCACAGUCCGAUGACUUUGUGGUGGCACUGGAGGUCACCACCUGGGAUUCAGGGACCUGCCUUGAGGGCAACCCCACCUCCCUGCCUGAGCCCAAUGGUCGGUAUCACCCCCGGUUCCUCCCGGCUCCACCGCCUGGACUUGCCAAGCUGCUUGCUGCCUGCCACCGUGGCUCCCAUGGCUGGACCAGCCGGUGCUAUGAGCUGGAGCUGCAGGACUGCAGCCUGCGAGACCUCUCUGUGAUUGUGUCCCGCCAGCAGCCCAGCCCACAGGAGACAUCCUUCACCUGCCUCCUCGGGGAGGUCCGGGUGCUGGAUGCGGCCAGCGUGGCGGCUUCCCCGCCACAGGUGCACAGUGUGACAGCCUCGCAGCUUUGGUGGCAGGAGGGCCCUGAGCCCGAGGAGGUCUCGCUCAGCCUCACCCUGCGCUGGUCCUUCCCGCCUGGCCGUGCCGGAUGCUUCCGUGUCCUGAGCCAGGGUGCCCGGUGCCGCCGGGGCCAGACGGCACCGCAGCUGCUGGGGCUGGCACAGGGCUGCCUGUUCCGUGCCGUGGGGCUGCUGGUGCCGCGGCCGACGUCCGGGCAGUCCUGCCGGCUGGAGCUGCUGGUGGAACCGGUGCUGCGGGACGAGCUGCCCGUGGACCCCGACCGCUGGGGCCGCCUCGUGCUGGUCUAUUCCUCACCAGGCAGUGGCACCAGCUCAGAUGGGCAUUAAAGCAACCGUGGUGCA